CCGCGGCUCCGCCCCUUCGCUCCUCCCUGUCCCCAGCCGCGAGCAGCGGAUGGGCCCGGCCUACGUCUGUACCUGAGCCGCCGCCGCCGCGGUGUUUCUGGCCUAGCGGGGGCCGCGCCGCAUCGCCCUGCCGCCAUGGAAGAGGACAUGGAGCUGGAGAGAAAGGCAGUAGAAGAGCUUCUUAAAGAGGCAAAACGUGGGAAAACCAGAGCUGAAACCAUGGGAGCUAUGGGUUGGAUGAAGUGCCCUCUUGCAGGUACAAAUAAAAGAUUUCUUAUUAAUACUAUUAAGAACACGUUACCCUCCCAAAAAGAGCAAGACCAAGAACAUGAACAGGAGGAGGAGGACAGUAAACCACCUGAGCCAAGCGAGAGCAGGAAAGAAGAAAAACCAAAGAAACAUAGAACUUAUCCUUACACACCCAGCUUUCAGGCCAGAAGAAGAGUCAGCUAUUCUCCUCCUAGGUACCGGAACAGGAGCCGGCACACAAAGGAUAAGUACGAAAAGUGACCAAGCAAACAGAGAAGGUGAUGAAUACAUGCUGUUAUAAGCCAGGAAUGUAAUUAAACCUUGGACUGUGGGGAUGUUAUUUAGUCUUUUAAAAAGAAGAUCUUGUUCAAUACAGAUCUCUUAGCUUUUGUGAGAAAUAAUCUUGGAGUGGUUUUAUAGGACUUUAUUUGGGGCUCCUUAAGAGAAAAUAAAGUACAACUUUAAUUUGUUGAUUAGUUUAGAACUACGUACUUCUCCCUUUUUCUCCCCCUCCCUAAUUAAACUUAGGGACUUGCUCUCAGUGGGUGUUGCAAGUUAAUAUAUUUCAUUGUUCAGUAUGACUCUUUUAGUCUGUUUACUUUUUUGGAAUUUAAUGUAAGUAAAUGUGUAUUUACAUGCAAAAUUAGUGGUAACUUUAAUGCUAAACUCAGUUAAAAAAAACUUCAUUUGUGUUGAUGUUAAUUUUGCAGGAUAGAUCAGACCUGAAGAAAGGAAGACUUGAGCCCACAUGUACACUUUCUGUAGCUUGUAAGAGGUCAAUAUCUAUCUACUGAAAGAACUGCUGACUUCUAUAGAUAAUUUCUUUAGUGUUAAGAAUAAAUUUAAAAUGGGCAAUGUUAGCUUUAAUACCUAGGAGGAAUUAUCUGUAAUAUGGAAUAUGAUUCACCUGUUCUCAUAUGUUCUACAAACUGAUCAGAAGUGAUGACAAAUAUUAGCAGUAAUAAACUAUAGAUGCAAUACUUCUGUCUGUAUUUAGACUUUCCUCUUCAGAGGAAGUAGUGUGAAAAACAUAGAGACAGUGCUUUGAAAACAACCUCAGCAGCUAACAUUACCAUGUCUCUAUCCAGGCCUGUGAAUUUUACAAUUAGAUAUAAUACUAGAGUCACAGAGCAAGGAUUAAAAAAUUGUUUUUUAACCACUGAUGUAAUAACUUUCAAUGCCUGUAUGACAGUUUUGUAGUGGUAGAAUUCUAAAAUUCAUAAAUGUAAUUACACAUCAUUAUACUCUGUAUGUCUUCAUUCUCUGUGUUCUGAUUACUUGUUUUGUGAAGCAUUUGGGAUUUAAAUAUCCUCAGACAUAACUAUUUGAAUGAGCAUAUAGCUUAGUUUUUGUUUCAAGUGAGUUGAGAAUAAAUGUGAAACCUGUUAACCAAGGAUGCUUCAUGUAUCAUCUGUAAACUUGGGGAAAGUGAACAUUUAAAAUUGCUUGAUUCUAACUUUAGAAUAAACCGAAACAUAAUACUUAAAAAUACUCUUGCAUAAGAGGACUCAGUCUUUUUAAAAGGCUUCCUUAAAGGGACUUUGCCAGAUUUCAUGGGUCACAAUAUAUAAUUAACUUUCAACAAUAUUCAUUUUUCAUUAAAUUUAAAAUAACAUAAAAAAUUAUACUAUAAAUACAAGUCAUGAAUAUUACCAUAUGAAUUCUGCUAAGUAUAUCUGCCAGUGCUUUAAAUAAGGGUUCAUUUCAGAAAUGUAUUAAAUUAGGACUGUGUCAUACCAAAGAGGAAAUAUAGAAGUAAAAAAUAAGAGUUAUGGCUACAUUUUUUUUCCCCACUUCAGAAUUGCAAAAUUCAGUGGUGGAGAGGGGGAAUGGCUCUGAGCUGCUGCCAGAGACCAGGCCAUGUGGGUCCCCUCCCCUAGGGGUGAGCAUGGACCCCGACCCCUCCAGGGAAGUGGUCUUGAGCACACCCCUCACAGGUUUCUGAAAAACAAAAUGGGGAGAAAAACCCUUCCUAUUUCUUCCCACAGUGAGGCUCACUGUUCUGCUGUGGGGGCAGUGAAGAUGGGAAGAGAACUCUGUGAGCAAUGGUAGCAAAGGAUCUUGGCUUUGGUAGCUAGACUCAGGGAAAGGGAGUGGGAAGAGUUGUUUGUUUGAGGGGGAAAUUGGGAGGGAUUGUAAGUUAGUAGUUCUGGGCUUCUGACAAUAGGUUAUCAGUUUUGUCUCUUAUCUUUUUUUAGAUUGUAAGCUCUGCAAGUAAAGAACUGUUUGUUUGUACAGUGCCUAAAACAGUGGAGCCCCACUCCUGGGCACGCCUCCUAGGUUUGACCAAAAUGUCCAUCUUUCCUAGGAGGCAGUGCUUCUGGUCUGAUGAGGUACUCUUCCAGAUGGGAUUCCUUUUGCGUGUGCGCGUUGUGACUCUGGCAGACUAGGUGCCAGCUCAUGCCAAGGCCUCUAGGUCUCACUGAACACUGACAAAUGCGUAGCUGGAAACCAGUCUGGCUCAUCUCCGCAUUAGCAUUAUUAAAAUGCUAAUAUGGAGCUGUUAAGGUGUUAAGUUUAUAAGUAGGGCCUUACAAAAUUCACGACCAUGAAAAAGGCAUCAUGGACUGUGAAAUCUGGCUAGAGUAGGGAGGUCGCAGUAUUCUCAUCCUUACUUCUGCACUGCCUUCAGAGCUGGGUGGCCAGAGAGCGGUGGCUGCUGGGUGGGUGCCCAGCUCUGAAAGCAAUACCACUGCCAGCAGAAGUGAAGGUGGCCUGGUAUGGGGGGGAGGGAGGAAGUCAUGACUUUUGAGGGGGGGCAGAGCUGGCCUUAUGGUCCCUUUUGGGUUGGGACCCACAUGGUUACAACAUUGAAAUUUUAGAUUUAAAUAUCUGAAACUGAAAUUUAAGAUUUUUAAAAUCCUAUGAUCGUGAAAUUUACUAAAAUGGACAGUGAAUUUGGUGGGGCCCUAUUUAUAAGAAUGUGUUUAGGCUUGAUGAAAUGCUUGUAAGAUGUUCCAUGUAUUGAUCUCAUUUAUAACAUCUAUAACAUCUCCCAUGGUAUAAAAUUAUGGUGAGUGUUUGCAUUGUAAACCUCUGUAACUGUGUAACUCCCCAAAUAGGAAAGAAGCAUUUAUUAAUGUAAAGUACUGGUCUUGUACACAAGAAGGCCUACUGAAACCAAAUGAGGCACUGUGAAACAUCCAAAGACGAAGACUUUGUUGAUUGGCUCUCCACACCCACGAAGAGGAGACUGCCACAAACACUUGUCCCAUGAGUUUGAACUCUGGGGGAAUGGAAUAAAAAUCCCUGACCAGAAGGAAGUGUAUCUCUAUGCUCCUUGGAAUUUGGAGUGGGCAAUAUUUCUAAGCAUAAGCAAGGGAUCCCCAAGCUGCUUGGCUUGGAUUAGUUCUAGAGGACAUAGAAAGCUUGCACAUCACAGCAGUUUUUGUUAACUUUUGAAACCAAACACUGUAACUUAUUUGUGUGUAUGUUUACCUACUUCAACCUUGUAAAUAGCUCUUAUUUUUUUCUUAGUUAAUAAAUCUUUAGUUUAUUAUA